AUGUUCAACCAAAAACCCAAAAAGCCAGUUGCUGGCAACAGAGGCCCAGCUGCUCCCGCACAACGCCCUCCAGCCGGACAUCCUCCAGCUGGCCGACCUGCCCAACAUCCCGCCCAGAGACCAGCUCAACCUGCCCAACGACCUCAGCCCGCUCAGCGACCGUCGCAACCUGCCCAGAGGCCUGCUCAACGACCGGCCGGUUAUCAACCGGUGACUGCUCCGAGACCAGUUGCAGGUGCUCCUGUUGUCGGAAGACAGCCUGCUCCCAAUCAUGGAAUGCAGAUGACCCAAAUGAAGAAGCCCCAACAAGUUGCGCGCCCCCCAACCAAGAAGCCGGCUCCUGCUCAAGGACAUAAAGCUGGACCACCGAAAGGUCAUGCUCCGCAAGGUGGAGGGCGGCCAGUCCAAAGGGCUGGACCUGCACCAGUUCCAGGCUACCAUCCCGGCCCUCCCCAGCAUGCUUACCCCCAACAAACCCACAAGAAGAGCUCGUCAAACAUGAAGUAUGCAGCUGGGGGUGCUGUCGCCGGUGCGGCUGGUGCAGGAGCAGCCAUGUACUUCCUGAACAACGACUCGAACGAGCCCACCUACGUGAUCAACAACUACGACAACAGUCAGGGCCCAGAGAACAUCACCUAUACUGAGUACAACCAAUCCCAGUAUAACCAAUACGAAGGUGAUUACAUAGACAAUGGAGACUAUCGAUAUGAUAGCGAUGGUGAUCGCCAACACUCUCCAAACAGUCCAGACGAUGAUAAUCGCUACUACGAUAAUGAUCACGACCAGUACGCUAAUGGCACAAACUACGGUAACCAAUACGACAAUGAUCAGGUGGAUACAUCAUAUGAUGCCACAAGAUACCAACAGCCAAGUGAUCAGCAAGACUAUAACGAUGGAAACAACAAUGGUAGUGAUGGUAACGAUGACUGUUGUAGCUGCGACAAUUGCUGCGAAUGUGACAACUGCUGUGAAUGCGACAACUGUUGCGACUGUGAUGGCUGUUGCGGGUGUUGCGGUGAUGACAAUGGCAAGGACGGUGGCGGUGGAUGCGUUGUAAUGUAA